GACUAUCAACACGAUAUAUUUGUAAGCUGUGCUCGAGAACAGUAUGAUGUGGUUUUGGAAUCGAUUGUGAAGAGACUAGAAGAACAAGAAUCUUUCAAAGUGUUUAUUACUGAAAGAAAUGUUCAAGCGAACGAAUGUAAAAUGGGUACAACGUUAGCCAACUUAGACAAAAGUCGAUUUUUUAUGAUAUGUUUGUCGAAUAAUUUUUGUGAAGAUCAGUGGUGUGAGUUUGAAACCAAUAUGGCUAUGCAGAAAACUCUGUAUGAAAACGCUGGUAAUGUGAUAGUCGUAUUACUGGAAGACAUUUCUAUUGAAAAUAUGAAUAAACAAUUAUGGUGGUUGGUGAGAAAUGAAGAGUAUCUUCUUUGGGAUGAAAAUGAAGAUACGAGUGAAUUAUUUUGGAUAAAAUUGAGAUCAAGACUUAAUUCUAUUAACAGCAAUGGUCAAAAUAUCCCCAUGUCAAAUCUAAGCUGA